CAUGUUGUCCGUCCCGCAGCAGGGUGCCGGUAAACAGAUGACGUCACAGGAGUGACUGUGCAGGACGGGAGCGCGUGCGCGCGGUGAUGAGAGAGCGGGAGCGCGUGCAUUCAGGACCAGCGCGCGGUGAAGAUGGGCAACGUUCACCCCACAGUCGUUCCCUAUGAGGACUUUGACGUGAUGGCGGAUAUUAAGGAGAUCCGCAAAGCUUGCAAAGGAAUGGGCACCGACGAGGAGACCAUCAUCGACAUCUUAGCUAACCGCUCCUCGGCCCAGCGCAUGGAGAUUAAACAAGCGUACUUUGAAAAAUAUGAUGAUGAGCUGGAGGAGGUGCUGAGGAGCGAGCUGAUGGGAAGUUUCGAGAAGGCGAUCAUCGCCAUGUUGGAUCCGCCUCACGUCUACACUGCUAAAGAACUGCGGCGCGCCAUGAAGGGAGCCGGAACCGACGAGGACGUGCUGGUGGAGAUCCUGUGCACCAGCACCAACCAGGAGAUUUUGAAUAUUAAGGAGGCGUACGCUCAGGUACACGAGCGUGACCUGGAAGCUGACAUCGAGGACGACACCAGUGGAGACGUGAGAAACCUGCUGAUUUCACUUCUGCAGGCGAGCAGGGACGAGGGUUACGACGUGGAUGAAGGACUGGCUGAACAGGACGCAACAUCACUGAUCGAGGCUGGAGAAGGACGCUUCGGCACAGACGAGUCCACUUUCACCUACAUCCUGACUCACAGGAACUACCUGCAGCUCCAGGCCACCUUCAAAUGCUAUGAAUCUAUGUCUGGGACGGACAUCCUCGAUGCCAUCAGCGAUGAAGCCACAGGGACUUUGAAGGACUGCUACAUAACUCUGGUUCGGUGCGCUAAGAACCCGCAGCUUUAUUUCGCCCGUCGGCUGAACGCAGCGAUGUCAGGAGCGGGAACGGACGAGGACACGCUCGUCCGCAUCAUAGUGGGACGCUCGGAGCUGGACCUGGAGACCAUUAAGGACAUGUACCUGGAGAAGUUUGACGUGACGCUGAAGGACGCUCUGAGCUCAGACUGCGGCGGAGACUUUAAGCGCCUCCUGCUGGCCGUCCUGCACUGAGAGAUAGAGCGCGACAGAGUCCGACACUAAUCUCUACACCAGGAACAAACCUUCUCACCAACACUGCCUAGAGGAAUAACACACACACACACACACACACACAGGCCGUGUUCCAGUGCUGCUCUGACACGCCCUCGUCCACUUCCCUCUCGCCAAACAGUCUGAAUCAAAACAAUGGCAACUUUCACUCUUUUAUUUACAUUUUUGCAUACUGGCAGAUAAGCAAGUUUUUAAAAGAGACGUUUAGUUUUUAACCUCCUGGUUUAAAAUACUCAAAACUUGAAAUUUGCAUGUUUAGAAAAAACUCUAUGGGCCAGAUUUUAUCUAUGAGUAAAAUAUACAAACUUUUCUAGUGGCCUAGUUCUCAUAACAACAUUCUGCUUAAGUGCAAAUUAGAAUUUUGGGAUUUUUAUUUACUAGGAAAAAUAACUAAUUACAGAUUUAAUAAGAUUUUUAAGUCCUUAAGAAUUGUAGUGGUUAAAUAUUUAACAUUCUUGUGACCACACUUUCCAUUUUAUAUUAUAAUAAAGUUCCGUAUUUUGAUACUUCAUUACACAUUUUUCAACACGCAAUUUUUAUCAACUUUUACAGGCCUUCAACCUUCAGUGACCGAGAUCUCACAGAUCUGACAGUUAUGUUCAGUUUAACUCACAACUACGGGGUUUUUUUUCUAAAUAGACGUUGACGAGGGCGUUUUAGAAACGCAGGAGCACACGACUACCAUUUCUAAAUCACUUCUGCUUUACGUUCACACUACGUUCAGAUAUCUUUCACGUCAGGUCACUUCACAUAUUUCAUCCCAAACCUGGGGAUUGUUUGGUGACAGCGUGAGUAGAAUAACGCAGCUCCGCCUCAGUAAUUCAGUUAUUAAGAAAAUAAACUAAAGCAAGGAAAUCUUUAAUUAAUGUAUAUAAUCAAACAUAAGACAUUUUUUGCACUCUACCUGUCCGGCUAGUGUCUCACCUGACACUCAAACCUACUCUUUAUAGGAAAUAAUUCUCUAAAAUAAAAAUAAAAAAUCACUUGGUGAAAUUGAAUCAAGGCUGAGUGUGAAGUAAUAUAAUUGGAGUUAUAUUGUCCAACGCAAAUUUCAUAAAAAUAAACUUUCUUUGAACCGCGUACAUAAGUAGUAUGUAGGUACAGUAUCUAUAGAUUUUCCUGGGUGAGAUAGAUUUCUAUUAAUGAACAACAUUAGCUUUGGAGCUUUUGAGUGCGAAAACAAAACAGCGUCUUGGUUCAUCCACUACAUUUAGCACGUAUCAAUUUAUUUAUUUCUUUGUUUGUUUAUUUAUUGGAUAUUUCCUGGACCGACCCUUUGAAAAGCUUUAAACCAGUAACAGUCACUGUUUAUUCACUGAAACAGAACUUAGGCACUGCUUUUUAUUUACUGUUACAGAAUUAAUAAAGAUAAGAACACGUCUUAAAAUCCAAAUCUUUCUGAUUGUGGUUGUUUCAGGAAUUUUCUCUGAACCAAAAAGUGUUUGUGUGUUAAUGCUAACAGCUUUCGAAACAUAUUUCUCCUCCUUACAGUAACGUGUGUAACCCUGAGUAUGUAGAGUAGAGUAUUAGACUAGCCUGCGCUGGAGUGUGUGCUGCUUGCUGCUGAGUAAUCCUGUAUUUACGCCAUGUGGACGAGGACAGAGCGAGAGAGACGAGCUGAUGACGGAUGAGCAGGAGGAGGAGUUUGGAAUGACGUACAAGUAGCUUAUUUACAUAUUCAUAAUGACGUGUCGGAUGUUAGCGUUAGCGCGUGUACACUGUGGUGUGAUGAGUGUGAUGUAAUCUGUAUACAGACCCAGGCGUUGAUGUGUAUCAAUAAAUAACAACAAG